AGGGGGCAUCCUUAUGAACUCCCACUGAUUAACACUGGCCACAAAAUGCCCUUUUAAUUAAAUAAACAAAACAAAUCUACAAACAUCCCCCACAACUCGUGGGUAAUGGCAAGUGCAAGGUGUUCCCCUUGACCUAAUUCAAAAAAACCAUUUUCCAAAAAGUGCAGUAUAAAUGGAUGGAUAUUUCCCUAAUAAUUACUCUAGGCAGGUCUAGCUUGCAUAUAAAUUAUGGUACUGGAGGAAACUCUUGAGCAGGCUUCCCAAACUAAGGCCCGGGGGCCGGAUGCGGCCCAAUUGCCUUCUAAAUCCGGCCCGCGGACGGUCCGGGAAUCAGCAUGUUUUUACAUGAGUAGAAUGUGUCCUUUUAUUUAAAAUGCAUCUCUGGGUUAUUUGUGGGGCAUAGGAAUUCAUUCAUAUUUUUUUCAAAAUAUAGUGCUGUCCUCUACAAUGUCUGAGGGACAGUGGACUGGCCCCCUGCUGAAAAAGUUUGCUGACCCCUGCUCUUGAGAGUCCCAUGGACUGCAAGAAGAUCAAACCUAUCCAUUCUGAAGGAAAUCAGCCCUGAGUGCUCACUGGAAGGACAGAUCCUGAAGCUGAGGCUCCAAUACUUUGGCCACCUCAUGAGAAGAGAAGACUCCCUGGAAAAGACCCUGAUGUUGGGAAAGAUUGCGGGCACUAGGAGAAGGGGAUGACAGAGGACGAGAUGGUUGGACAGUGUUCUCGAAGCUACGAACAUGAGUUUGACCAAACUGCGGGAGGCAGUGCAAGACAGGAGUGCCUGGCGUGCUAUGGUCCAUGGGGUCACGAAGAGUCGGACACGACUAAAUGACUAAACAACAACAACAGGUCUAUGGAUGAAAAACAAAAAAAACCCAAAAAUACUACCCAUCAACUUUGCAAAGUCACUUAUUCUCUGUAUAAUUCAAAAUAAUUCGUUUCCUAUGCCCAAAUUUGGUAUGGAUUACUCUCAAACUUAACUCUUCUACACAGCUAAGUUUGAAAUCAGUUCGUUGCACCAUUUUCUAAGCCAGAAAAGCCUCCCACCCUGACUUCUCAUUAUAAUGGCAGGAUGUGAUUCAGCUGACUCACCUUUAACAGAGUACCAUGACCCUAUAAUAGGGAGAGCAAUCAAGAGUCUCUUGGCACCUGAAAGAGGAAUACAUUUACAGGAAAAGAUUCUUUUGUGGGCUAGAACUCACUUUGCCCCAUAAGGGACUAACCCAAGAUAUUUUGCAGCUUGAGACAAAGGGAGAGUCCCUUCUUGACUGGCGACUGAAUCUUAAUUCAACACUGGCAAAUGGACUGUGUCCUCCAGUUGGCCAGUUUAGGGGCCACGGGGGGGGCACAAACACCUCCAUCCCCCAGCAUCUGCUGUCUGAUGAGGUUUUAGGCUCUGUCAGUAUCUGUUCUUCUUCUUCUUCUCUCUCUCUCUUUAAAAAAACACGUUUCCAGACAAAUUCCUGAGCUGCUAACAGGUCUUUCCCCUUUCCUUUUGAAUGAAAUUUCUGCCAGCCCUGAAGGAGGGAGUGCGGAGAAAGUUCCUCUUUAACUCCUCCCAUGCGAGCCUCUCGCUCCCUGCCCAGCCCAGCCCAGCCCGUGUGAAACCCAAUAACCGUGAUCGUUCAACAAUGCCUUCCCUUCUCUGCCUGCAUCUUUGCUGCGCCAAGGAGGAGCGCAGGAGAUUCAGAAGGUGCUCCUCCUGCCUGUGAGGUGUUGGGUCGGUUCCCUCCACGCGCUGAGCGGAGCAGAGCUCAGAAAGAGAGACACACAGAGAGAGGCAGUGUUGGUGAAGGAGGAGAAGCAGCAGCAGCAGCAGCCCACAGCAUGCUUGCUGCCGCGGGAGUCAGGAUGGAGCAGCUGUCGCCCUGGUGCUGGCUUCUCCUGUCUCUUCCAGGCGCUCUCCAGAUCGCCUCUCUGGAACCAGGCGCUGCGCCUUCCUCGUGCCCUCCGCUGUGCCACUGCGAGGAAGAUGGUAUCAUGCUGUCAGUGGACUGCUCGGAGCUGGCUCUCUCUUCCGUGCCGGGGGGCUUGAGGCCCUUCACAGCCUACCUUGAUUUGAGCAUGAACAACAUCAGUGAGCUGCUGCCUGGGGACUUCCACCACCUGCGCUUUCUAGAAGAACUGCGCCUAUCUGGAAAUCAACUCUCUAAGAUUCCAGGGAAAGCAUUUUCUGGCCUCUACAAUUUAAAGAUUUUGAUGUUACAGAACAAUCAGCUCAGUCGGAUCCCAGCAGAAGCUCUGUGGGAUCUUCCAAACCUUCAGUCACUGCGCCUGGAUGCCAAUUUGAUCUCUGUGGUACCUGAGAAGAGCUUUGAGAGGCUGCCCUCCUUACGCCACCUUUGGCUGGAUGAUAAUGCUCUGACAGAGAUCCCUGUGAAAGCACUCAACAACCUGCCGGCUCUACAGGCCAUGACACUGGCCCUCAACCAAAUCUGGCACAUUCCUAACUACGCCUUCCAGAACCUCACCAGCCUUGUGGUACUACACCUGCAUAAUAACCACAUCCGCAGCCUCGGACCUCACGGCUUUGAAGGACUCCACAGCUUGGAAACUCUGGACCUAAAUUAUAAUGAGUUGGUGGAAUUCCCAGUGGCCAUUAGGACACUCAGCCGACUUCAAGAGCUGGGCUUCCAUAACAACAACAUCAAGGCUAUUCCACAGAAGGCAUUUGCUGGGAAUCCAUUGCUCCAGAUUAUGACUUUGACCCGGGCUGGCAUCCAUUUGCUUCCUGGAGGAAUGUGCCAGCAGUUACCCAGCCUACGAGUUCUUGAGCUCUCGCACAAUCAAAUUGAGGAGCUACCCAGUUUCCACCACUGCCAGAAGUUGGAAGAGAUUGGCCUUCAGCACAACCGCAUCCACAAAAUUGGAGCAGACACCUUUGGGCAGCUCACAGCCUUGCGCUCCAUAGACCUGAGCUGGAAUUCCAUUCAAUCUAUCCACACGGAUGCCUUUGUGACCCUCCGCUCUCUCAUCAAGCUAGAUUUGACUGACAAUCAGCUGGUUACGCUGCCAUUGGCUGGGUUGAGUGGACUGACUCAUCUGAAACUUAAAGGCAACCCUGCACUGUCUGAAUCCUUCACAAAAGAAAGUUUUCCCAAGAUCAGGGUCCUGGAAGUGCCCUAUGCCUACCAGUGCUGUGCGUAUGGAGCCUGCAGCAAUUUCUUCAAAAUGUCUAAUCAAUGGGACUCUGAGGAUAUGAGUCCUGAGGAUGAGGAUAGCCACAAGAGGACCUUGGGACUGUUUACAGGCCAUACUGAUAAUCACUAUGACCUGGAUAUGGAUGAUUUCCAGCUGGAACUUGAGGAUUCAAAGCUGCACCCCAACAUCCAGUGUACCCCGAGCCCUGGCCCGUUCAAGCCUUGCGAUCACCUGUUUGAGAGCUGGGUCAUCCGCCUGGGUGUCUGGCUGAUCACGCUGGUCUCCAUGCUGUGCAAUGGGCUGGUCAUGGCGGUUGUCUUUGCUUCACCCAGCUAUCUGUCCCCUGUCAAGUUUGUCAUUGGCACCAUUGCUGGAGCCAACAUGCUGACGGGCACAUACUGUGCCAUCCUGGCCUUCGUGGACGCCAUCACCUUUGGUCACUUUGCAAAAUACGGGGCCUGGUGGGAGACGGGCGCAGGGUGCCAGGUGACGGGGUUCCUGUCGGUGUUUGCUUCGGAGGCUUCCAUCCUUCUGCUGACCCUGGCCGCUGUGCAGUGCAGCCUCUCGGUGUCAUGCAUGCGGACCUAUGGGAAGGUGCCGUCUUUCGGCACCGUCAAGGCAGGUGCGCUGAGUUGCCUGGCGCUGUCUUCAGUGGCUGCAGCACUGCCUCUCUUCUCUGUUGGGGAGUAUGGGGCAUCCCCCCUCUGCCUACCCUACCCACUCCUGGAUGGGAAGCCUUCCAUGCUGGGGUUCAUGGUGGCCUUGGUGCUGGUCAACACCCUCUGCUUCCUCAUUAUCACUGGAACAUACAUCCGCCUCUAUUGCAACCUGCUGAAAGGAGAGUUUGACUCUGUCUGGGACUGUGCUAUGAUCAAGCAUGUGGCUUGGCUCAUUUUCACCAACUGCCUUCUCUAUUGCCCCGUGGCCUUCCUGACCUUUUCUUCCAUGCUCAGCCUCUUCCUCGUUACCCCCGAAGUCAUCAAGUCUGUGCUGCUGGUGGUGCUUCCUCUGCCGGCCUGCCUGAACCCCCUGCUCUACUUGCUGUUUAACCCACACUUCAGAGAUGACCUACGGCUCCUGAGGCAGAAGAGCCAGGCCCGGGAGAGCUGUGCCCAGUCCUGUGUGUCAGAGGACACAGAGAAGAGCUCGUAUGACUCUACCCAGGCCCUGGUUGCUUUCUCUGACAUGGAUCAUAUAUUUGAGGCACCAGACAUCUUCAGAGUGCCUCCUAGGUGCUCGUCGGUACUAGAUGCCUACAGCUACCCAUCAGUGACUCUCAUCCCACACCAGCAAAAGGCAGGUGCCGGAGGACACAACAGUGGCUUCUCCACUCACCUGUCCUACCUUGCUGAUGAUGAGUUGCUCAUCGCAUCGGAAAGCAGAGACCCGGCAAGGAGCAGCCUUAGGAUUGCCUUGUUUUCCACACCGCCUGCACCAGCCUUCACAUCUCACUUAUAAACAGUCGUUCAGCCUCCCAGACCUGGUACACAUUCACUCUGUGAAAAGCCUAUGCAAGAGCCCACCUGUUGCCACCAACAGCUUUGGACAAUGGCUGUUCUGGGGAAAGGGUGGCACAGUUUAUUGCUUCUUCUGGGGGGGGGGCUUGAGAGCCUGCAAGGUGCUGCCAACUACAUGUAUCCUAGCUUACUGGAGCUCUCCUGCCACACCAGUGUGUAAGGUAGUGUGGGUCCUUCAAGGGGGGGGGGACGACCAGGGGAACAUUGAGUUAAAAUCUUCUGAUACACAAAAGCAGGCUAUUACCUAAGAAAACCAAAAUGUAGCAAAACGAGAAACUGCUAACCCAGUGUUUCUCAACCUUUUUUGGGCCACGGCACACUUGUUCCAUGAAGAAAAUCACGAGGCACACCACCAUUAAAAAGGUUAAAAAAUUUAACUCUGUGCCGCCCUAUAUUAUAAUUAUGACUGUAAGAAACACUUGCCAAAUAUUGCUUUCCGGCGGGUUAGUGCUGUGUAUUGGCGGCUGCCAGGCUCGUUUGCACUGAGCUUUGGGAAAGAGGAGGAGAAAUAUUGCUUUCUGGCGGGUCAGUGCUGUUUAUUGGCGGCCGCCAGGCACGUGACAAUGCAAAUCGCCCUUCUCGUCGCCGCACGUCGCGGCACACCAGCCAGCGUCUCGCGGCACACUAGUGUGCCGCGGAACAGUGGUUGAGAAACGCUGUGCUAACCAACUAUGAUGCAGCUUCCCAGGAUACAUCUGGUUCUGCUCCUUAUAAAUUGUGUGAAGCAGACAACAGAUGGCAACAGAGCACUAUCCCCAAUGAACCUUGCCUUAGAACGACAACAGAUUACAAAUAAGGCAGUGACUGAGCUGCUAUAUAGACAUGACAAUGCCUGCCAGGGUAGAUAGCCCAACACCAGCUGAACAUCUGAAUUGUCACUAGUCUUUCUUCUUCACUCUCUGUAAUGAGGUGUGCCAUCAGUUCUGUUCUACAAAUGGAGAAGAGGAGCUGAAGGUAACAUAUUAUUCUUUAACUUGGGUUGCUUCAGUUUCACUAAUCCUGGUCUCUUUUUUUAGGAAUGAUGCACCUAUCCAGGCUGCAGAUGUCUAAAAUUUACUUCUAAGGCACCUAAAAUGAAGUGAGAAUCCCAGGGCAGUGACAAAGUCAGGAUUAGAUCUCACCAAGAGCCAAACCAUGCCACAUUUUAGGUUCACCAUUUAGGAUAGAAUGAGCUACUUGUUCCUGGUCUCACUGAAGCCCAUAAAUGCAAAGCAUGAGCUAAAAUGCAAUGUAAUGAAUUUGGUGUUUCUAUAAUCUUUUGGAACUUAUGGAAACUCAUCCCAAUGAGCACAUAAUGAAUAUUCUACCUUGUAGCACCCCCCAUUUUUUUUUUGGAAAAAAAACAACUGCUAGUGUUGCAAGGAAGAAGACUUGAGUAUAGCGAAAGACUGAAGAGAAGAAAUUUAAGGCCCAAUUAUACUCAUUCACCAUAAGCCAGAAAUCCCCAACAUAAAAAAGUAUUCUUGCCCUCUAAGCCAAGCCUGACAAAGGGCAACUGCAGCUAAAGCCAACCAUUUACAGAUUCCAGAAUCCAGUUGCAUUGCUCCGGUUCUGCAAUUCAGCCUUCAAUUAUCCUCUCGCCUUCUUUGCAACUUACAUAUAGAAAUCAUGAAAGCAAACUCACAUCUCUUGCUUUUCCACCUAAAAGCACCUAUGCUCUCAGUAAGAACUAUAGUCCUACUGACAGAUGGGAAACAGUGACACAGGACUAAAUCUUGAUUGGCACAGGAACAAACCUUAAUUGAAGUCACUAGGAGGUCAAGGUGUAACUUGCUGCUUGAUGGAUGCUUCUAGAAAGAGCAUGAUACAGAAAUUAUCCCAACUGUUUAACAACUACAGCUUGCUGGAAUUGUCCAGGUUAAUUUCCAGCCUUUUUUUUCCUGAGAAGGCAUAGUUAUCGAUUAAUAACUUGUCCAGGGAGGUAGGAAAAAAAUCCUGUCAUAGGGGAUUUUAUUGCUAACAUUUUAAUACCUUGCAGAGCACACUAUCAAGCAUAUAGUCUAGACUACAUAUGUAGUUCUGCUUUUAGGAAAGUUCUUAAUAUUGUCAGGAGAGAAAUGUAGACUGAAACACAGAGAAGGAUGUGGAAAAAUGUUACAAACACACCAGGUGCCUUUUCCUUCAAUCCCCUUAAGGAUGAUUCUGCUGAAAUAAUAAUUUUGGUUACUACAGUGUUCUGGUUGGGUAGAACUCCAGGACUCUUGAAGUCCCCACUUGCUACUUUGGCUUACUUAAAUACAGUGUAUGAAUGGAAGCUGGCCUAAAUGUCUUGGGAAGAUUCAUUCUGACCUAGAGAAAAAGGUGCAACACAUAUAGUGGGAAGCCCUUUUGCUGCUCAGCUUCUCCAGAACUAAAAUUAGUAUUAACCAUCCAUACCUGGAAAUAAUUGUCCUCCUUGGGUGUAAAUUUGAGCGCAGCUCAGUCGACUUUUAGAAAUGCAGAAUUCCUACAACUCGUACCAUCAAUACGUCCAAAAUCAACCACAGGAAGUAUCAAUUUAAAUGCCUUUACACACCAUGUUUGUUAUUGUCUGUAUAUACACGUUGCCAUAUAUGAUGGCAUACAAUGCUAGCAUGAGCGUGUUUGUAUAUUAUGUGUAUAUUUAUAUAGAGAGCUAUGUAACCAUUUGCCCUCUCUUUUUGACCCUUGUGUCAUCUUUUCUUUUCUUUUUUGUAUAUUGAUGUGUAAAGCACUCUGGAAGACCUUGUAGAAAAUUAAAAAAUUGUUAAUUUUAAAACCAUGCUUUAUUUUGUUUCUAUGACUUAGGUUGGGGAACCACAAACCCACAGGCUUGUUCCUACAUGCUCAUUCCUUGUGACAGCUUGUGUUUAGGCACAAUCUUAUCACAGAUGUAUCGCCACGGAUAUAAACUGAAAUGUUUUCCAGCUGAGUUGGUUCAUGUGUUCAGUUGCCAGUCAGCAGGUUUAAGAGUUCUCUAGUGACCUGCAUGAAGGUGAACAAGCUCCGGUGUGUAUGCUAGGAAGUACCAGCAUUAUCUAACAUCACAGCAAGUGUGGUUUG